AUGAGACAAGAGCACAUCCCUGGAUAUUUUGUAUUGGAUUUUGACAACACUUCCUCCUCCUCCUCCAGCAACAACACCAACAGUAAUGAAACAACCGAUUUCGCUUCUACCAGCGUUAUCGCCCUACCAACAGACGAUACAACAACUGUUGACUCUUUUUCUAACAGUGAAAAUUUGACAAGUGAGGAUCCACCACACUCCCUUACCUCUCUUGAGCUUUUCCGUCAUGAUGAUGAUCUAACAACAGCUUCUGUAGAUGCUGAUUUGGAGGAGUCUACCGUUACCUCUGCAAAUAAUGGUGUAGACAGUAUCAGUGACCAUGGUGGCCGUGAUGGUCGUGGUGUUGACCAAGACAGCGCAGUUACUCCAAGUCAAGCGUCCAAUCGACCUAACUACAUGAGCUUGAUUAACAUGCCUAAUACGCAAUUAAGAGGCGAAAGGUGGGACCAGAUGACGGUCACUUUCAAGAGACUUAUGAAUGAAAAUGGCCUUAACGUGGGUGUUCCAAACGACAUAAUAACACCAAAAAAGUUGCAAUACAAGUGGGGUGAUCUGAAGAAGAACUUCCAUUCGAUUCAGCGAGUCCUUAAUGGAACAAGAGUUGGAGGAGGUAUGGGUGAAGAGAGAUGGCCAUACUACAACCAUUUAUUCGAAAUCCUGCGUGAUGAUCCAUCCGUAAAUCUUGGUGUCAACGUUGAAUCUAUGGUUCGUGAUCGGCGCCAUGGAAUUACGACUUCUAUGACACCUAGGGCUGAACCUGCUAUAGCUGAAUCGCAGAGAAACAUCGAGGUUGCUGCUUCUUCUUCUGUUGAAUCUUCUAUUAUCAGUACUUCUGACACGAAUAUUGGAACAGUUACAUUAAACAGCACCAAUUGUGCCGGUCCUUCUAGUAGGCUACCUACCAGGGGUACAAGACGAACAAGAGAAGAAUAUGAGGAAGAAUAUGAGGAGGAAAUAGAUGCCACGCUCUUUGAAAGGCUUCUGGGCAUGCACCAUGAGAAUGAAGAGCGUUCAAGGGAAGCCUUACAAUCUCUUGUUACUUCGAUGAGGGAGGAGAAUGAAGCUUUUCGACGAGACCAACGGCAACAGCACCAACAGAUGUUGGAAAUGUUAGAAAGGACUUUGAGAGAAUCUGAUGACCGGUGGUUAAGCGUCAUUGCGCCUUUCUUUAACGCUAGAAAUAGAAACGCUAGUUGCCCUGUCUUAGCUGGUGCAUUUGCUGCCUUUGCUGCUCUCGAAGGACAGCUUGGAUCCGUCUGGUCUGGGUGUUUGUCAAUGGUUUCAUGA